AUGUCUACACUAGGAGGCGAAGCUCCACCUCAACAAGCGCGCAUGCGAUCGAGAACCCUCUCACUGGGCUACGACGACGGCGAUGUCGACCCCACGGGGCUACCUUUUGGACACCUCAACGAAGGCGCCGAUCUAGAAGAAUAUGUCACAGAAACACGAACUGGAAACAUUGUUCGACACACUCGAUCAAAUGUGACUGGUGAAGUCGCCGAUUGGAAACUAGUCACUUUCACCAUCGAUGAUGUGGAAAACCCUAAAAACUGGUCCAAGGCUUAUAAGUGGUAUAUCACCGCAGUCAUUGCAUUCACAUGUUUUGUCGUGGCGUUCGCGAGUGCUGUCAUUACUGCCGGUCUCGAUGGACCUGCCAAAGAGUUUCAUGUUUCAAUGGAAGUCUCUCUUCUUACUAUCACUGUGUUCGUUGUUGGCUUUGGUGUUGGUCCUAUGGUAUUCGCGCCGUUAUCUGAAGUCGUUGGACGAAAACCCGUCUACGUGGUCACACUAUUCAUUGCCCUCAUUUUUGAGAUUCCUUGUGCCGUCGCGCCCAACAUUGGAACACUUAUCGUCUGUCGAGCCAUCGAUGGUAUCGCCUUCAGUGCACCUAUGACCUUGGUCGGAGGUAGUCUUUCGGAUCUCUGGAAAAAUGAAGAACGUGGUGUGCCAAUGGCCGCUUUCAGUGCCGCUCCCUUCGUUGGACCUGCCAUUGGUCCGCUGGCAGGUGGUUUCCUCUACGAUGCUGCCGGUUGGCGAUGGCUCUAUUGGAUUCAAUUGAUUCUUGCUGGUGUUACCUGGGUCUUGAUCACUUUCACCGUCCCGGAGACGUACGCUCCGGCCUUGUUGAAAGCCCGUGCAAAGAAAUUGCGCAAGGCUGAGAAUGAUCCAAAAUUCGUGACUGAGCAAGAAAUCGACUCUCGUCCUCUGGGUCAAAAGAUUCGUAUCUUCAUGCUACGGCCAUUCCAAUUGUUGUUCCUCGAGCCCAUUGUCCUCUUCAUUUCGCUCUACAUGUCCGUUUUGUACGGUUUGCUGUACAUGUUCUUCGUUGCCUUCCCCAUCGUCUAUCAGGAAGGAAAAGGCUACAGUCCCGGUAUUACCGGUCUUAUGUUCAUUCCAUUGGCCAUUGGAGUCGUCCUUAGUGCAACGUGCGCCCCAUUCGUCAACAAACACUAUCUGAAGAUGCAUGCCAAAUACAACGGCAAGCCUCCAGCGGAAAUUCGACUCAUUCCCAUGAUGUUCUCCUGCUGGCUGAUUCCCAUCGGUCUCUUUAUCUUCGCCUGGACAUCAUAUCCUCGCUUGCACUGGAUUGGACCUACCCUCGGAGGUUUUCCAGUCGGCUUCGGCUUCAUCUUCUUGUACAAUUCUGCAAACAACUAUCUCGUGGACACCUACCAACAUCAAGCAGCAUCCGCCCUCGCAGCCAAGACCUUCUUGCGAUCAAUGUGGGGAGCUGGAUGUGUCCUUUUUACCGAGCAGAUGUAUCAUAGACUCGGCUACCAGUGGGCUAGCAGUCUUCUCGCCUUCUUGGGACUCGCGUGUUGUGCAAUUCCCUACGUUUUUUGGUUCUACGGUGAGAGGAUCAGGUCAUUCUCCCGCUUUGCCUAUGUCGAAGACGAGGAAACCAAAGCAGUGCCUUACGACUCGGAACACUAA